AAAUGGCGGCGGGUGGGUCGCUCGACGAUCUUCUCAACAGUAAAGUGGACGAAAGUGCGUUUACAGCCUUGGUUGGUACGCUAGAAGAUCAGUUGUACUCCGGACAAGCCCAAGGAAACGUUGCAACUACGUCUGGCGGUGUCGCGACUGGUGACCAGGUCGCACCAGCCGUCAGUUCAUGUGGUGCGGUGGGCGCGGGCGGCCGCGUGCCAGCGAACGGUACCCAACAUGCCGUUGUUUCUUCCCAAUGUGACAAUAAGACUGGUGGUUUGAAUGUUUCCAGGGGCGUGGCAGUCACUAGCACUAGUUGUGGAAAUGCCACCACCCACAGUCAAGCUGGAGUGAUACAAACUGCACACUUCCCAGCCAGCGGUGGUCUUAGUACGACUGCUGGGGCAGGGAAUGUGGUGGGUGCAGUUAACAAUGCUAGUGUUAUGAAAGUUGUGCAUGCUGGUGGAACCCAAGCAUCAACAUCUCCAAGUGGGAUAUUCACCAUAAACAGCAGCAGUUUGCCAAAUGGUUCUGCCAGUAGUGCUCAAAGUGUCAUCACAAAUGGUAAACAAACAAUGGCUGUGGGCCACAAAGUGGUGAAUGUUGCACAGGCUUCCAGUGCACCAACAGUCAUCACUGUCAACAGACCAGCAAAUGUUACCACUGUUGGCUUCCCUGCUGUUGCUGCAAGCCCUGCAGCAACAAGUGGAGUGCAAAUUGUGAAUGUGAAUCAGGCACGGACUCAGUCACCAAGUUUGCAGGGACAGAAAACACUGGCACCUCGUGUUUUGCUGUCACCUCAAGUUGUGAACAGAGCAGCCCAGCCAGGGCAGCCCAUCACACUGCAGACCAUUCAGGGUCUACAGGGCUCGGCAUCGGGCCACCUGCUAUUUAAGACGGAGAAUGGCCAGCUGAAGCUGAUCCAGCUGCCGGUCCAGGGCGGCACCACCUCCGCUGCCGUCUGCUAUGUGGGCACCUCCACCACGUCAACGCCCAUGUACAAGCAGGCGACGGUCGGCGGCGCGGCGGCCGCCCCGCCGCAGCGGCCGGCCCCGGCGCCGGCGCCCCGACACCCGCACGCGCCGCACGGCCACCUGCCUAACAUUUACAAGAGCCCGGUGCAGGCGGCCACCACCCCGCGGACAGCAGUGGCCGUGUCGGCCGCGCCCGCCGUAGCCGCCCCCGCACAGCCCACAGCCCAGCCGGCGCAGGGCGCAAUGGCGGCCGACACGGCCAAGCUCAAGUGCAAGAACUUCCUGUCGACGCUGCUGCGGCUGGCCAAGGACCAGCCGGACACGGUGGAGCGCAACGUGCGCACGCUGAUUCAGAGCCUGAUCGACGCGCGAGUCGAGCCCGAAGCCUUCACCAGCCGGCUGCAGCAGGAGCUGAAUUCGUCGCCGCAGCCCUGCCUGGUGCCCUUCCUCAAGAAGAGCCUGCCGUUCCUGCGCCAGUCGCUGUUCAGCCGCGACAUCACCAUCGACGGGGUGAAGCCGCCGCCGCAGUCGGCGCUCGCCGCCGCUCCGGCCGCCGCGCCAGGCACGCUGCACGUAAGACACGGCCGCCCCGGCCCCUGCCGCCGCCGGCGGUGGGCAUCUGCCUGCGAUGACGUCUUCCGCGAGGUCGCUGCUUGUUUGGACUUGUGUGUUUUUUCGCGCCAGAAUCAGUUUGUUCUAAGCUGUCGGUGUUCGGUGUUGAUCGUGAGUAGCAUGCUGUUUUGUCCUCCGGUGGCGCUGCGGCAAAACAAAAAACUCAACUUCAAGUCAUCGUUCGAGUCUGGCCAUGACGACGACAUCAACGAUGUGGCGGCGAUGGGCGGCGUCAACCUGCAGGAGGAGUCGCAGCACAUCCUGGGCAGCACCGAGUACGUGGGCACGCAGAUCCGCAGCAUCAAGGACGACACGUUCCUGCCGAGCGCCGCGCUCCAGCUCAAGAUCCGCCGCAUCGCGAUGCGGCACGGUCUCGAGGAGCCCGGCCCGGACGUGGUGGCGCUCGUGUCGCACGCCACUCAGGAGCGGCUCAAGACGCUGCUCGAGCAGCUGGCCGCCAUCGCCGAGCACCGCAUCGAGGUGGUCAAGUCGGAGCCGGGCUACGAGGCCUCGCGCGACGUGCGCGGCCAGCUGCGCUUCCUCGAGGAGCUCGACAAGCUGGAGCAGAAGCGGCACGAGGAGACGGAGCGCGAGGUGCUGCUGCGCGCCGCCAAGAGCCGCUCCAAGACGGAGGACCCCGAGCAGGCCAAGCUCAAGGCCAAGGCCAAGGAGAUGCAGCGGGUGGAGAUGGAGGAGGUGCGACAGCGCGAGGCCAACUUGACGGCGCUCAAGGCGAUCGGGCCACGCAAGAAGCCGCGGCUCGAUGGCGAGUCGGCCGCUUCCGACACCCCCACCGUCAGCGGCGCGCUCAGCCAGAGACAGAUCCCGCUGCGGCCGCGUUUGAAGCGCGUCAACGCCCGAGACCUGCUGUUCGUGCUGGAGCAGGAGAGAGGCCUGCAGCGCUCGGAGCGGCUGUUCCAGCUGUUCCUCAAGUAGCGGCGCCGCCCGCCCGCCCACCGCCUCGGCGCGUUCUAGCGCCUUGUUGUUAUUGCCGGCCGCGCCGCAUCGGUCCGGCGCGCCGCGCCCGGCUCGUCAGGGGGAGAGCGCCGCUCCACGUUUGCAGUGUUCGCCUACCCUCCAUCUGCUUAUGCUCGUGUUGGUCAUUCGGUGAGCUGACCGCCCGCAUCGCCGCAGUCUCGGCAAACUGGGUUAAGGCGCUUCUCACGGCUUUAUCUCCAGUGUCCUCAUCUGGGUCUGCUGUUCUUCCUUUGGAUUGUAGGGUGGAGAUAGAUGCAGAUUUUACGAGCGGCUGGUUGUGUUUUGCCUGUAUGUGAUAGCGGUCUUCGCUCGCCCGCCAAUGUCUCGCUAGAGCGCCCCCCCCCCCCUCACCCCCCACCGCCCCAGCCUCAGCGUCUGCUUCCGUUUGCCACCCUACCUCGUGCACUUAGCCCCCUUCCCCUCCCCCCGUCGGCACGCCUCCAUCUGCUGUCCCUUUCGCAUUCGCUGCACGCUCCUCAAGCCCGCUAAUGCCACGGGCCCGGGCGAGGGCCACCCCGCCCUUGCUCGGGCGCCCGCCCACUGCCCCUCCCUUUCGACCCCGGGCCAGGGCCGCUAGUACAAACUGCCCGGCCGGCCGGGCCGCGCGGUCCCCGGCUCCGCGUGCCUGUCUGCAUGUGUGUGCGUGUGAUGACGCGCUGCAAGCACUGUACAUACGUCAUAUUCGCCUUCACCAGCGUACAUCGCAUCUGGCGCGGGUCGCCGGCCGCCGGCCCCGAGGCAGCGGUCGGACGGGCUCCACAUCGUGCCGCCGUCUGUUUUUACCCGAUGUUCAUCUGUCAUCAAGUGAUUGAAACAAUGAGAAAAUAUUAGUAACAACGGGA